AUAUUUGCUCACGUAAAUGAAACUUCAGUUUUUAUCUAUCACAGAUAGAUCGAGAUUCAUGACAGAAAUUUUUGCAAAAAGACAGAUUAUGCUGGCCGUAAUCUUAUAUUGAUAUAAAUGAACCAAUCAGAAAAAAUUGGAAACCGACGUCACCACGGCUAAAAAGUUUGAGCUUCAGUUCUUACUAUUUUUUUACAAAGUUUUUUAGAAUUAUUUAAUUGAAGAUACAAUUUUGUAUUCUUAUUAGAAAAUCUGAAACGGCCAUAUUUUAUGACGUUUACUCACACCAGCGCAAACUGCAUGAAAAUAUGUCCAUGAAAUGAACGUAUUGUAAUUGUUAUCGAGAAUGAAAUGAACUUUAGACUAUUGUCAACAAAGUGGUCCCGCCACAUAUAAGAAACGCUGUACAGUUCUAUAUAAACAUAUUGUGGUAUAUAUCGUGAAUAGGAAUUUAUAAUUUACAGUUGUAUAAUUUAUCGAUUUCUUGAUUAUUUAGUUAACGAUGGCGCGUGCACUCGUAGGUGUAAAGAGAGUUAUCGAUUAUGCAGUUAAGAUUCGUGUUAAACCAGAUAAGACAGGUGUUGUAACUGAUGGAAUUAAGCAUUCGAUGAAUCCUUUUGAUGAAAUUGCAAUUGAAGAAGCUGUACGAAUGAAAGAAAAGAAACUUGUACAGGAAAUAAUUGCAGUUUCAUGUGGACCAGCACAAUCUCAAGAUGUUAUAAGAACUGCACUUGCAAUGGGUGCUGAUAAAGGAAUUCAUGUCGAGAUAUCUGGGCCUGAAUAUGAAACUUUACAACCUAUUCAUGUUUCUAAAAUUCUAGCCAAAUUAGCUCAAGAUGAAAAAGCAGAUUUAGUAAUUGUUGGCAAGCAAGCUAUAGAUGAUGAUUGCAAUCAAACUGCACAAAUGAUUGGAGGCCUCUUGGACUGGCCAACUGGUACAUUUUGUAGUAAAGUUGAAAAAACAAAUGGUGAACUAAAUAUUACACGUGAAGUUGAUGGAGGUUUAGAAGUUCUUAAAAUGAAAAUGCCAGCAGUUUUAAGUGCUGAUCUUCGUCUUAAUGAACCACGGUAUGCCACAUUACCGAAUAUCAUGAAAGCUAAAAAGAAACCGGUUAAAAAGAUGACUCCAAAAGAUCUUGGUAUAGAUACUGCUGCAAGAAUUGAUAUUUUGUCAGUUGAAGAACCACCAGCUAGACAGGGUGGCGUUAUUCUACCAGAUAUUGAUACUCUAAUUACAAAAUUAAAAGAAGGUGGACACGUUUAGUUGCUUAUCACAACAAAAAUGUUUUACAGUGUUUUUUACUUGUUAUACUUUUUAUUAAAUUUUGCUGUAUAUAGAACAACUUUUUAUACACUAUGAGAUGUUGCAUGUUAUAUUUCAAUAAAUUUUUUC